AUCACACCUUUUGUUGUCUUGCUUGCACAAACAGUAUGCUUUACUGUUAAAUCAAUAUUGCUUUGGUCCCUCACGCGUACCAUUGACGGAACAGGGCUUUUGUGCCCUCACUCCCGUCAUGGACCGAUACAUCAACACCCCUGCACAAACAAACGACGGCUCAUUCUUCACCACCGGUGGUGACCGACUCGAAGAUAUAUCCCCCGAAAAAUCCUUUAACAUACCAGGGCAAAAUGGUGAUCUCAUCAGUCAAAUGCGGAGUGCAAGGUCACAGGGGAUGAACCUCAAAACUCCUCGAGCUGGAACGCGAGACCCUCUGCGACUCCUUCCCAACGGGAACCAAGGUCGCUCCGAAUUCACACCCUACCUCAAGAGUGGAGCAAAGAACAACAUCGCGCGCCAGCUUUCUAGCAAGAAACUGGGCGCGUCAAGCACACCAUCUCUCCUCACAAAUGGCCGCACCCCUGCACUGCCGCGACUCAGUGAUCUGUCGCGUUUGGAUGGCGAAGACACCUCGAGCUCGGCCGGCAGGGCUGUCGACGACACUCCCAUACCUCAGCACGCUAGCAGCAGUGUUCGAAGUACUCCUCUUGCGCAGCUACCAGGACGCGAAGCUGGCGGUCUUGUUAACGACGGGAACAUGAUGACGCUGCGCGAGCAGGAGAGCAUUAUCGACAAGAUCGAGAAAGAGAAUUUCGGCCUGAAAAUGAAGAUACACUUCCUGGAGGAGGCUCUGUCAAAACGAGGAAAUGAGUUCAAUCAGGCUGCGCUCAAGGAGAACACGGACUUGAAGGUCAAUCGCAUCACCAUGCAGCGCGAGCUACACAAAUUCAAGAGGAACAUUGCGCAAGCUGAAAAGGAUGCCGAGGUCUACAGAUUGCAACUGGAGGAGUUCAAAGAGCGGAUCAGAAGGAAGCAGGUCGACGAAAGUCUUCGCAUGGAGCUUGAGACUCUACGCUCAGAAUUAAAAGCCAGAGACCAACAAAUCAAGGGUCUUAAGGAUGAGAAAGAUCAUGUUGCAAGCCAAGAGCAGUCCGAGGUUCAAAAGCUGAGAGCUGAAAUUGAGGAUUUGCAGGCUGACUUACGCGAAAAGGAACGCAUGGUCGAUGAGCGGGAUGAUCAGAUUGACGAGCUGAAAAUGAAAGCUAGCAAAGAAUCCAACAAUGCUGCCGAAACCGAAGAUGAAUUGGAUUCUGCCAGACAAGAAAUUGAAGACCUCAAGCAGGAUCUUGAACGUACGAAAGCAGAGUUGCAAGAGGCAAAAGAAGAUAAAGAAGAGGCCUUUGAAGACAAGCGGAAGGCAGAAGAAGAUCUGGAUGAGCUUCGAGACGAAAUGGCUAACAAGUCAUUCACCACGAAGGGUUUGAGUCGACAGCUGGAAGAGAAGGCGAACAAACUCGAAGACGACUUCCAAGAUCUGCAGGAACGAUACGAGGCGCUUCAAACUCAGGCCGAUGAAAAAUCCGAAUCAGAGCGGCAACUGCGGGAGCACAUUCGUGAGAUGGAGCGAGAAGGCGCGUCUGACGCCAGGAAAUUGCAGCAAGAGCUCGAACUUGUCCAUCAACAGCGUGACACUCUCGAACGCAAAUUGGCCGGUAUGGCGAAGCAACUCGAGACAAGCGAGCGGGAGCUCCAGGUCAAGAGUGAAGAAAAGGAUCUGCUACAGACACGUCACGAUGCCUUGACGAAAGAGUCCGCCGAGUUGCAGAAAGACCUUAGCAGAUCCCAGAAGUCGAUGAAAGACCUCGAAUCUGCACUCGACGAGGAGCGACGGCAGUCGGCGCAAAACGAAAACAUCCUACGGUCGCAGCACAAACAUGAAGUCGAUCUCCUGAACGAACAGGUCGAUGGACUGCACCGCGAAGUCAAUGCGAAGGAGAGCGAUCAUGCAGCGGAUUUGGAAGAGUGGGAAGCUCAACGAAGAACACUCGAAGCAGCUUCGCAGAAAGCGGAAGAAAAGGCCAAGGGCUUGCAACGCACGGUAGACAAACUUCAAGAUGCUCAAGGAACUUUAUCUGGACGGGAAAUGAGACUCCAGGAGGCUAUCGAGAGCGAAAAGCAACGACACCAGCAAGAAGAGAGGGUCCUGUCCAGACAGAUUGAUGAACUUCACCAAGACCUUCUAGCUAAGCGGACGCUCGCAGAUGAAAGUCGUGUGGAGUUGAAUAAUGCCAAGGAAGAGCUUCGCAUCUCGAUUCGGGAACAAGCUGCGUUGAAGGAGAAGGUAGCUGAGUUGGAAGAAGAGAUCGAGGUCUUGCAGGCGGAUAUUGAGCAAGAGCACGACUUUGCAGAGCGCCAACAACAGAAAUACUCCAUUACUGCCGAUGCUCAGGUGCAGAAACUCCGACAAGAGAAACAAGCACUACAGGACCAACUUACAAACGUCAACUUGGAACUGCGGAAUGCCAGUGCUGAUGUGAAAUCUGCGGAAGAAGAUCGGCAUAGUUUGGAAGCGAAGCUCUUGAAUGCGCAAAAGCCCAACGAUGAUACCUUCAACGUCGACCAGGAAAAGCGCGAAUUGAAGCGGCUCAAAGUCAAGCUGGAGAAAGACGUGGCACGCUUGACUGCGGAGCGAAAAAACCUUGUCGAAGCAAACCAGACGCUUGAAGACGAGCUCAAUGCAGAACUCGAACGAGCUAGUAAAGAAGAGGUUCGUCUGAACGCGGAGCUCGAUAGCCUUCGCGUACAGAAGGUCAGUGGUGGAGAAAACCGAGACCGGGAGCUCACCUCUGCCAAGAACAAGGUUGCUCGUUUGGAGUCGCGAAUCAAAGACCUGGAGGAGAUGCUUGACAGCCAAUCUAGGGUUGUCCCGUCUCCGGAUGCCGAUGUGUCUGGACUCACGCGUGACCUCGCAGAAGCAAGAAGAAAUGCGACGACUACUGCCAAACGAGAGGCAGAUCUGAAAUCAGCCAACCGCGACCUGAAGAUGCGCAUCAACGAUCUUGAGCGAGAACUGCAUGAGGCAAAGCUUGCUCAGUACAAAUCUAAGUCUCCGUCUGCUUCUCCUCCCCCGUCACACUCGAUGGAGCUGGCCAAGAUUCGACAAGACCUUAUCGAUGCUCAAGCAGAGGUCAAGGUUCUCAUUUCGGAAAAUCGUGAUCUCAAGCGGACAGCCCGCCGAGCCACUGUUGACGAAGAUGAGCUUGUGAAUUUACAAGCUUCUCUCAAAGCUCGUUCUGCCGAGGUUGACUCUUUGCAGGCCAGAAUCGCUGGACAGAAUGACCUGGUGCGGGAUCUGCGGGAACAGCUUGAUGGCCUGCAAAAGGAGCAAGAUGAAGAACACAGCAUUUCAAUCGACUUACGCAAACGUGAUCGACAAAUCCAAGACCUCAAGACACAAGUCAAGCGCCUCCGUCAUGAGCAAGAAGAGAAUAAUCACUUGUCCACGCGAGUCAGCACCCGCGAUGGUGAAGCACGCGAAAUGAAGCAGCAGCUGCGCCGUCUUCGGGAAGAGCGUAGCAAUGCCAACAAGAAAGCUGAGGCUGUCGAGAACGAGUUGGAAGUUUUGCAGAGCAAGUACGAAACGAUGCUCGAGCGACUCAGUUCUGGCAAAUCGAGCAAGGACGAAAUCCGGCAGAAGGAGAUGAAAGGUCUAAUCAAAGAGGUCAUGUGGCUGAAGGCCAGGUGCAAACGAGAAGAGCGGCUCCGAAAAGAUCUGGCUUGGAGCAAAGCAUUUCUCGAACAGGGCGAGGCAAUGAGAGUGCAAUGUAACCAAGUCGAUCUGCGGAUUCUGGACGAGAUGGGGGUCUCACUGGACACCCACAAGUACGAGACAAAGUUGAGGCCCGUUCAGAAGUUCCGGGCUGGGGUGUUCGCGGUUCUGGCUGCGAUUCGCAUGAGCAAUCUCGAGGAGCAGUGGAGAGAUGCGAGGAUAAUUGGUGAGGAGUUGAAACUGGUUCGGACAAAGCAGCUAAAGGCUCGCUCGAGAGCGAGAGUCAUGGAAGUUUGAAUAUUGCUUGGUCAUGCUUGUUUCUGAAUGGAAGCCUUGGACCGUCCUACAAUAGCAAGGUAUUGGUGUGGCAUGAGCUUGGUCACUGAUUGGGGAGGGCUUUGACACCCACUGUGAUGGCAUCGUCUGGGUAAUGUUACGACGUUAUGAAUAUCAUCAGCUUAAUCGUGUUGGAUUGUGGGACAAUGUCGAGUUCUUGAAGAUAUCUUUUGCUGCAGGCUGG